UAGAGCCAAAAUUUUCCCCACCCACGAUGGAGCAUCCACACGAGACUAGGCUGGCGGUGGCGGUGGCGCGCCGGCGUCAGGAACUCAUGGACAAUCUCACUUCGGAGGGCAAGGCGAUCUACGAGACGGUCACACAAGCAAGCGAGGCGACCCAUCUUCGCCACCAGAAGGAGCUUGAGGCGAUGAUUGUGGCGGCGGUGGGCAGCGCAGUUGAGGCAGCAGUGUCGCGCUCGGUCGGGGCGGCCGUCGACAAGGCCAUCGAGGCGGCGAUGGAAACAGCCGUCAACGACAUGCAAGCGUACACCGACGGCACCAAAGUGGACCUCCUCAGGCAAAUCCAGGAACUGUGCGUCGCCAAGGGUUCAACGACUCGUCCCAAUGAAGCAGAAGGGGGCGAGCGCUCUCCCAAGGGCGCGACAGAAGGGAACAUGCAGGCGUUCCGUUCGUCCAUGGCGGCGAAGGGUGCAGCCUUGUCUGGGCCAUAUAUUCCACCACCGGCUUGAGGUAU